AGGCCCGCCAACCUGGCCACGCCCCUGCGAUGACCACCCCCUAACCGGAAGCUCCCGUUAAUGAGAACUGACAGAUCUUCAGAGGGUGGGGUGCAGAAACCUAAAACUGAGUCACCCCAGCGGCGCAGGGACCGGAAACCAGCGGUCACCCACCGCCCCGCGCGAAACAAGGAGGGAUUCGCCCGAGGCGAGCACCUCCCGCCGCCAACACCCCAGACUUAAUCCGGGGCGCCCGCUUUCACCAGCACACACAGGGAUAACCAAAAAAUAAAAAAUGUUUCAGAGCAAUCACCAAAAAUGAGACCGCUCGCCAACAGACGAACGCGCGGACUGGGUCGCGCUCCCGGGUGGGAGGGGGCUCCGCGCGUGCCCGCGCCUCGACGCCCCCGCCCCCCGCCGGCGUCCGCGAGCGGCCGCGCGAGAGCUCGAGGCGGAGACAGCGGCGCGGGGCUGGACGAGACCCUCCCCCGAGACGCCCACCUCCCUACCUGCGGGGCGCGGCGGCGGGACGCGGCGGCGGGACACGGCGGCGGGGCGCGGAGACGGCGGCGGGGCCCGGCGCUCGCUCGCAGUUAUGAUCUGCCACCGGCAAAGGCGCCUCGGCUGGGCGGCGUCCGCGACAGCGCCCUCUGGCGGCGGGAGGCCGUGCGGACGCCCCAGGGCGCGCCGCCAUUGGUUGCUGGGCGAGCGUCCGGCCGGGGGCGGCGGCGCCACGUUGGGCCGCGGAGUGGCGGAAGUGGUGACGGCGCCUGGCGACGGGGUGAGCGAGCGGUAGAACGCUUGCACUGGAGACGCCUAGAGCAGCUUUGUGGAUCCCGGGCACCAACGCGCCAGGUGGCACGUACGGACCUCGAACCUCCGCGAGGCCGGGUGUCCCGCGGCGCCGCAUCCCGACCUGGGCAAGUUGACCAGACUGGACUUGAACUGUGUGUUGGGCUAUAGACUAGCACCCUCACGCCAGACCUCGAAGCUAGAAGAAAUCUAAGAUCAGGAUGCUACAGGGUGGCCUCUUUCCUCUUUAGCAUUUUUUCUGAAUCUUUUGUGUCUCUUCCUUUCAUAAUAACAAUCGUAUUAGUUUAGGGCUCCACCCCUUGUGCCUUCAUUGUGCCCUAAAGAAGCAGGACUUUUUAAAAAAAAAAAUGAACAAGUUUCCCAGAACCUAACCAUUCCCUUCAGACUUCCGGUUACCUAUAUGACUGUUGUUACAAAUACAAUUAGUAACUUGUUCCUAUUAGUAAAGAUUCAUAAUCUGUUCUUGUAACAUCCUGCUUUUCCCAGAAUAAGGCCAUCUAGAAAUACUAAGUUGCAAAACUGUCUGCUUCUGUAAAUUUGCUUGUCCACCUACAAGUUCCACCCCUUUGGCACAUGUAUAAAACGAGAACCCUUCCUUUGUUCAGCACCCAGCCUUUGGGACAUGAAUCCCCUGGGCCAGUGUUUACCUAAACCAAAAUAAAUCCUCUUGAACCUCC